AACACCUUUUCCUUUAACAGGCUUAACCAUUGCCGCUUAAAGGCAGAAUGUUCCUUUAAAACGAUGCGUGCUCUUCGUGUGUUUAAGCUCUUCGAAAUGCUCCAUCGCAGCAUGUCGGCUUCUCAUUGAGAUUGUUCUGUUUCAAUGCCAUUUAAGUGAAAGUGACAAGACGCCACUUCCCGCACAACGUGUACACUGCAGCAAUACUAUGGGUCUCGGAUCAGCCGAAUCUCUUUUAAAAUCAGCUGCAGAAAGAAAACAUUACCAUCAUCGAAAACAUUUUCACGCCACGCAGAAACGAACGAGAUUCGGAAUGGAUGGCCAUCUCGGGUUUAUCGGAACGAUUUCUCUCUACAAAGAUAAAAGAUACGGAUCUGUUUUAUUUGAUGUCAGUCCUACCACAGGACGUUACAGGGAGGAGAACUGAUGGAAGCUCUUGCUGCAGACAGUGUGAGAAGCCCAACAAGUGCAAGAUCAAGAUCAAGAGAAAAAUCUCCCACAGAAUUCACUCAGAGGAGAAGAUCAUAACCUGUGAUCUGGUGUGAGAUGCUUUCGAUUCUGUUCUUUUUACUGCUCUGUAUUACCAGAAGCUGAUAUGCCGCAUUUUAACCAAGUAUUCCUUGUUGUUUGCUGGUGUUUUCUUUAUUAAAAAUCACCAGAUAUUUCUGGACUCCUGCACUCUAGCAGAGCAUAAGGUUGUUCAUGAAAAAUUAUGUCAUCUGCAUCUGUUCACGGAAUUCUACGCCCCCUUUUAAUUGCUACCCUUUUCCUGGGUUGCUUUGUGACUUUUAUAAUUAUGUAUAUAAAGCCCUCCAGUAGCUGGAUAUCAGGUCCUAUUGAGUCAGCAACAUCAGUACUGAAGGUGAAAAACCUUUUCUCUUCAAAAAAUGACCUAAAUCACACGGUCAUUCUUAUCUGGCUUUGGCCAUUCGGCCAGACCUUUGAGUUAAAUUCUUGUAACUCUUUGUUCCAAAUCAAUGGAUGCCAUUUAACAGUGGAUAGGAACCUGUAUAAUAAAUCGGACGCAGUUCUUCUCCACCACAGAGACAUCAGCAGGGAUUUAGUCAACCUGCCACCAAUGUAUCGGCCCCCAUUCCAGAAAUGGGUGUGGAUGAACUUGGAGUCACCCACUCACUCUCCAAAAACAGCUGGUCUUGAAAACCUCUUCAAUGUGACCUUAAGUUACAGACGGGACUCUGACAUUGAAGUGCCUUAUGGGUCUCUUAUUUCCAGCAGGAUACCUACAGAUUUUGAAGUUCCAGUAAAGAACAAAUUGGUCUGCUGGAUUGUGAGCAACUGGAAUCCUGAACAUGCCAGAGUAAAGUACUACAAUGACUUAUACAAACACAUUGAAAUAAACACCUACGGUCAGGCGUUUGGGGAAUAUGUUAGUGAUAAGAACUUUCUCUCUACUAUUGCCAGCUGUAAAUUUUAUCUUUCAUUUGAAAACUCAAUCCACAGAGACUAUAUCACAGAAAAAUUGUACAAUGCACUAUCGGUCGGUACAGUGCCAAUUGUCCUGGGACCAUCAAGAGAAAACUACGAGAACUACAUCCCUGGAGAUGCUUUUAUUCAUGUAGAUGAUUUCCUUUCGCCAAAAGAACUGGCCGAUUAUCUUCUGGUUCUAGACAAAAAUGAAGACAUGUAUUUGCAGUACGUUUCCUGGCACAAGUACUUCAAGGUGAAGAAGUCAUUCUUUUGGGAAGAACAUGCUUGUCUUACCUGUGAUUAUAUUAAAAGACACAAAGAAUACAAGACUAUUCCUAAUCUUGAGAAAUGGUUUUGGGAUUAAAAAUGCUCCCAAUUUGAUCUUUUUCUUUCUAUCAUGGAUUAAUGCAGAAAAGGUUCCUCUGUAUUCAAUGGCAUAUGAAUGAAUGCUGAUUAGCAAACAAAGUAAUAGUGACAGUGACAGAAGAGAGCAUGUUCAGCGAAUCAACAGUUUCUUUUAAAUGGUUCUUUUAUCUAAACAGGCUAAUAUACAAUGCUCUUUAUUUCAUUGUUGUUUGCAGUUGUCUAGAAAUUGUGGUAUAGGUGAAGUUUAAAAAGGAACAGCAAGAAACAUUGUAUUUAAGUGGGGGACAUUUACUAUUAAUUCUAAAAUGAAUUCGUAAUUCUAAAAGGGGGAUCCACCUGCCCAUGUGAGUAUUUAUUUAACUUGUAUGUCUAUCAGCUGUUAUGUUAUUUUACUGGUUCCCCACCUGACCUUGCCUUACAAUACAGUGUCCUCGUCACCUGACCUGCUGUUAUGUGCAGCAUGUCUUACAUUUGCCUUUACUCCAACGGACUAGACCAGUAUCCUUGUGUUCACUGUUUUUUUUCAACUGCACCCUUAACCUCUAGUGCUAAUUGGUACCUGUAUCUGAUCUGCCUGUUGGAUUAGAAUUUUUUCCGCGCUCAGUGCUUGGUUUAAAAAAUGUUCAGACUGCUUCAAAUCACAGCACUUAAUGAAGCCUCACCUCAACUUCCUGAUUAAGAAUCUGCUCCCUUCUUUCUGGUUAAACAGCUCGUAACAGGUGACCAAUUAAAAAGAACAGAAGCAGAUGGGAAUGACAUCAGAAUCCCCAAAGGGAGUCGGAGUGUUUCCUUCUGCUUAAGUCCAAUUGGUUGUAUUGUAGCUAAUACACCUGAAUGAGGGCAGGUCAGAAACUCGGUAAUUAGCACAGGCUUCAUACAGUACUAAUUACGAAUCUCGUUGGGCUUCUUAAGAGCUGAAAUUAAAGAUAGAAAAUUGAAACAAAAUAGCCUGUAAUUAAGAACUCAGAUGAAGCAUGAACCAGAAGACAAAUGUAUUACUUGCACCAGGAUUGAGAAACACUGUUUUUGAAACCAAGGCCCAAGUGCAGGAAAAAAGUCUAAACAAGCACUCAAAUCACUCACUGAAAGCAAUAAGCAGUGGUGAUUAAGGGCCCUCUUGGCAGAAGGGCCUGCAAAUACAGGAGUAUUCCAGAACAGUGAUUGAGAAUCACUGAACUAGGCCACAGAAACAGAAGAAACUCACAGAUUUUAAAAUUCAGUGACAUAGGGAAUAUCUCUUUGCCUGUUUGUUAUGACAACUCGUUUAAAUGGUGGAUUCCUCUUUUGUGAAUACCAUUGAUUUGGCAUUUCUCUUGUCAUAUGUUGGAAACAAAAUUUGAACAUGAAAAAUAUAUUUUUGGUAAUUAGACAUUUUUGAUCACAAAAUAAACAUUUAAAAGUGUUUACAAAUAUCAUUACAAACCAACAUUCCAUGUAUUGUAACCUUUCAAAGAUAUUUAUUAUUUUUGUAUGCUUCAUGUACUGUAUUAGAAAGAAAGGACAAACCUUUAUCUAGGACAUGUAUUGUCAUGCAUAUUUUGUCACUUUGAAUUUUUUUGCACUAUCCUCUUUUUCUGUCCCAUAUGUGGGAUUUUCCUCCCAUUACCAGGUGGACAAAAUUUUAUCAUAUAUGAAUCAUAAAUGAGCAUCUGUAAGUAUUGACUUGAGUAAGAUAAUAGAACAAUAAGUAUCAAGUUCAUUUUAAAAAAAGCUACAGUACAUGACACAAAUCCUUCACAGUUGCUAUGUAACCUGGAGUCAGCAGUUAAUAAGAAAGUUGAUAUGAAAUAAUGGAAAAUGCCAUUUCUUUAAAAAUAUAGAGAUAGCUCAUGACAUAAACGACACAUUUAAGAGGACAGUCAUUAUAAUGCAUGUGUUAUGUGAACAAAAGCAAUUUUCAAAACCUUUUCAAGCAUUACACUAUUCAAAAUGUGUUGGUUAACUGCACAUGCAUUUAAUUAUAACCAACUCCAGACUAUCUGUUGCAGUUUUUUUUAUCAAAAGAUGCUUAAUGGAGAAUGUUUACAUAAAAAUGUGGUUGCUUGUGGUUUACAGACGUUGUCGGAUAUACAGUACAUACAGUAUAGUGCAUUUCAGCAGAAAAUCAGAAAGCAGAAAAUAAUGAGUAUUUAUUAAUAGUAAUAUUUUGUAGUCUUUAUGUGCUUAAAAAGAAACAUGCCAACUGAUUAAUCAUGCCACCAGGCAUUUCCUUUAUAAAGUCUACAGGUGUGGUUUCCAACACAUCUGCUGUAGGGGGGAUCUAAUCUUGUUUAGCUUUCUGAUCACAUGGUAUGAUUGACUGAUAACUGCAUGUUUAGUCUUACAGACGACUUAUCACAGCAUGUGGGCAGAGCAGAUGCACUGCUGUCUCACAGCUCGGGUCCCGGGUCUGAUUCCAGGCUGGGAUACCUGGGAUACGUGUGUCAUUUGCGUGUUCCAUCUAUGGCCACAUGGGUUUUUUGCUCAUGUGCCCUGGUUACUUUUCACAGUCCAAAGACAGGCUGUCUAGUUUAAUUGGCGGCUCUCAAUUGUCCCCUAUAGGCAUAUGGGUUCUGUAUCAGUCUAGGAGGUUGGUUACAAAAGAUGGAUGGGUUACACAUGAAAACAGUUACUCCGUGACUGAACAUGCAUAAGCAGUCUGCACAACUGUUUGUCUACAACAAACACAGAGGAUUUCCUCUUAUGCUUUUCUGUUUAUUAACAAUUGGAAUUCCAUAGACUGAAAAAACAGACACUGAUUUGCAUCUUAAAAUGAAAAUGUCUUUAUGUUGUUGAAGAGAGCUGUAUGAUUGUCAAAAAUGUGUUCAUAAAGGGGGAAAUACUCAUAAAUCCCUGUCAGAUAAGUCUCCCUUACAAGCAGCUGUGCUUUUGAAAGCCUUCCAAGGUGCAGAAUAAGAGGGCAGUUUAAAGACUGUGUAAUUUGUUAGAGGCUUUGUUGUUGUCUUGGUGUUUCCUGUUGUACUAAUUUUCAGUUAACAGAAGAGGUUAUACUCAUUUCCUUGUUGCCUGGUCAGAAUGUGAAGGGAAGUUUCCAUAAACCUGGAAGGGCAAAAUGUUAAAAGCCAUUAAAUUACAUCAUUGUUAGACUUACUGCAUCUUUUAAUCCCAUGCACAUAUAUUUUAUUAUUAUUAUUACUUAAAAUUGAAUUAUCCUUACUCAAAAUAGAUUGAUUAAGAAAGUAAAUUGUACAGUUCAUCCCAUUCAGCUGUUAAAAUGAUGUGUAAGCUCUAGAAUAUACUGUACUGUAUAUGUAUUUUCACAAUUUUCACAUUUAAAGGGGAACUGCAAUGAUAUUUUUAUCUUUCAGGGUUAGAAAGAAUAAACAUUGAUGAGUGCUUUUCAAACUGCAAUAAAAGUAAAAUGUACACGGUAACUUUUUCAUCACAAAUAGGUGAAAUUUCCAUGUAUGUGCAGAGCCAUGUUCUGUGAUUCAGAACAAGGCAACAAAAACAUUCGGCAAUGUGUUGAGGCCGUAUUACAUUGUAAACAAGCAGACUUGUGAAUACAUCACUUUUAAUCCAAUAGAAAUAUUGCCUUCAUCACAGUUUU